CUUCAGUGGAGGGAUUGCUGCCCUGCUGAACAAACCCUGGGACCUUCUGAAGGCUGGGAGAGAAACCAGCCCAGGACCCCACACCAUCAGGGAUGGAGCGGGCCUCGGGGGAACGAGGGAGGGGCUGGCGAUCUUAUUCUGUGCCUUGGGAGCUUGGACUGGGCCUGCUUCUAAGCGUGUUGGCUGUCAUACUGGCCCAGGCCCAGGCCUUGGAUGUGCCUGGUUGUUCACGAGGAAGCUGUUACCCAGCCACGGGAGACCUGUUGGUGGGCCGUGCAGACAGACUGACUGCUUCAUCUACCUGUGGCCUGCACGGCCCCCAGCCCUACUGCAUUGUUAGUCACCUACAGGAUGAGAAGAAGUGCUUCUUGUGUGACUCCCGACGCCCCUUCUCUGCCCGAGAUAAUCCGCACAGCCAUCGCAUCCAGAAUGUAGUUACUAGCUUUGCACCGCAGCGCCGGACAGCCUGGUGGCAAUCAGAGAAUGGUAUCUCCAAGGUCACCAUCCAGCUGGACUUGGAGGCUGAGUUCCAUUUCACACACCUCAUUAUGACCUUCAAGACUUUUCGCCCUGCUGCCAUGCUGGUGGAACGUUCUGCAGACUUCGGCCGUACCUGGCAUGUGUACAGAUAUUUUUCCUAUGACUGUGGGGCUGACUUCCCAGGAAUCCCACUGGCACCCCCACGGCACUGGGAUGAUAUUGUGUGUGAGUCCCGCUACUCAGAAAUUGAGCCAUCUACCGAAGGCGAGGUCAUCUAUCGGGUGUUGGACCCAGCCAUUCCUAUCCCAGAUCCCUACAGCUCACGGAUUCAGAAUCUGUUGAAGAUCACCAACCUCCGGGUGAACCUGACUCGGCUUCAUACACUCGGGGACAAUCUACUAGACCCAAGAAGGGAGAUCCGAGAGAAAUACUAUUAUGCUCUCUAUGAGCUGGUUGUACGUGGCAACUGUUUCUGCUAUGGGCAUGCUUCACAGUGUGCUCCUGCCCCAGGGGCACCGACCCACGCCGAGGGCAUGGUGCACGGGGCCUGCAUCUGCAAACAUAACACGCGUGGCCUCAACUGUGAGCAAUGCCAAGAUUUCUAUCAUGACCUGCCCUGGCGGCCAGCUGAGGAUGGCUACAGUCAUGCCUGCAGAAAAUGUGAGUGCCAUGGGCACAGCCAUAGCUGUCACUUCGACAUGGCCAUGUACCUGGCAUCUGGCAAUGUAAGUGGAGGAGUGUGUGAUGAAUGUCAACAUCACACGGCUGGGCACCAUUGUGAAGUCUGCCGGCCCUUCUUCUACCGGGACCCAACCAAGGACCUACGGGAUCCAGCUGUGUGCCGCCCCUGUGAUUGUGACCCUAUGGGUUCCCAAGAUGGUGGUCGCUGCGAUUCCCAUGACGAUCCCGCCCUAGGACUGGUGUCAGGCCAAUGUCGCUGCAAAGAACACGUGAUGGGUACUCGUUGCCAGCAGUGCCGUGAUGGCUUCUUCGGGCUCAGUGCCAGUGACCCUCAAGGCUGCCAGUGUUGUCAAUGUAAUGCACGGGGCACGGUGUCUGGGACUACCCCUUGUGACCCCCAUAGUGGAACCUGUUUCUGCAAACGUCUAGUGACUGGACAUGGCUGUGACCACUGCCUGCCUGGCCACUGGGGCUUGAGCCAUGAUCUGCUGGGCUGCCGCCCUUGUGACUGCGAUGUGGGUGGUGCCUUGGAUCCUCAAUGUGAUGAAGCCACCGGUCAGUGCCGCUGCCGCCAGCACAUGAUUGGGCGACGUUGUGAACAAGUACAGCCUGGGUACUUCCGGCCCUUUCUGGACCACUUAACUUGGGAGGCUGAAGAUGCCCGAGGGCAGGGGCUUGAUGUGGUGGAGCGCCUGAUGACCAGCCAGGGGACUCCAUCUUGGACUGGCCCAGGUUUUGUGCGGCUGCGGGAAGGUCAGGUGUUAGAGUUCCUGGUGACCUCUUUGCCGAAGGCCAUGGACUAUGACAUUCUGCUACGCUUGGAGCCUCAGGUCCCUGAGCAAUGGGCAGAGAUUGAGUUGAUGGUGCAGCGGCCAGGGCCUGUGUCUGCCCAUAGCCCAUGUGGGCAUGUGCUGCCUAAGGAUGAUCGUAUCCAAGGGACUCUGCAACCAAACACCAGGUACAUGAUGCUUCCCAGACCUGUCUGCCUUGAGCCUGGCAUCUCCUAUAAGCUGCAUCUAAAGCUGGUGCGAACAGGAGGAAGUACCCAGCCUGCGAUCUACUCUGGACCUGACCUGCUUGUUGAUUCGUUGGUGCUACUGCCCCGUGUCCUGGUGCUAGAGAUGUUUAGUGCAGGGGAUGCUGUUGCGCUAGAGCGCCGUGCCACCUUUGAACACUAUCGCUGCCAUGAGGAAGGUCUGCUGCCCAGCAAGAAUCCGCCCUCGGAGGCCUGUGGCCCUCUUCUCAUCAGCCUGUCCACUCUCAUCUACAAUGGCGCAUUGCCGUGUCAGUGUGACCCUCAAGGCUCACUGAGUUCUGAGUGCAACCCUCAUGGUGGCCAAUGCCUGUGUAAACCUGGAGUGGUUGGGCGCCGCUGUGAUCUCUGUGCCACUGGCUACUAUGGCUUUGGUCCUACAGGAUGUCAAGCCUGUCAGUGCAGCCCUGAGGGGGCACUCAGUGGUUUAUGUGAAGGAACUAGUGGACAGUGUCCCUGCCGAACGGGUGCCUUUGGACUUCGUUGUGAUCGCUGCCAACGUGGCCAGUGGGGAUUUCCUAGUUGCCGGCCCUGUGUCUGCAAUGGGCAUGCGGACGAAUGCGAUUCUCACACGGGCGCUUGCCUGAGCUGUCGUGAUCACACCGGGGGUGAACACUGUGAAAGGUGCCUUGCUGGUUUCCAUGGAGACCCACGGCUGCCGUAUGGCAAUCAGUGUCGACCCUGUCCUUGUCCUGAAGGCCCUGGGAGCCAAAGACACUUUGCCACAUCUUGUCACCGGGAUGGGUACUCUCAGCAGAUCGUGUGCCAUUGCCGGGCAGGCUACACGGGGCCACGGUGUGAAACUUGCGCCCCUGGGCACUUUGGGGACCCCUCAAAGCCAGGUGGUAGGUGCCAACUGUGUGAAUGCAGUGGGAAUAUUGAUCCCAAGGACCCUGAGGCCUGUGACCCCCGCACGGGGCAAUGCUUACGUUGCUUAUACCACACGGAAGGCCCUGGCUGUGCUAUCUGCAAGCCUGGCUUCCAUGGGCAAGCUGCUCAACAGAGCUGCCAUCGUUGCACCUGCAAUCUGCUGGGCACAAGUUCCCAGCACUGCCCAUCGGUUGACCAGUGCCACUGUGAUCCAAACAGCGGGCAGUGCCCGUGUCUCCCCAAUGUCCAGGGCCUUAGCUGCGACCGCUGUGCCCCCAACUUUUGGAAUCUCACCAGUGGCCGUGGCUGCCAACCUUGUGCUUGCCACCCAACCCGGGCUAGAGGCCCCAGCUGUAAUGAGUUCACAGGGCAGUGCCACUGUCGUGCUGGCUUUGGUGGACGGACUUGUUCUGAGUGCCAAGAGCUCCACUGGGGAGACCCUGGCUUGCAGUGCCGCGCUUGUGAUUGUGACCCUCGUGGGAUAGACACUCCUCAGUGCCACCGAGCCACAGGCCACUGUAGCUGCCGCCCCGGUGUGUCUGGUGUGCGCUGUGAUCAGUGUGCCCGAGGAUUCUCCGGUGUCUUUCCUGCCUGCCACCCUUGCCAUACGUGCUUUGGGGAUUGGGACCGUGUGGUGCAAGACUUGUCUGCUCGUACCCGGCGCUUGGAGCAAUGGGCCCAGGAGUUGCAGCAGACGGGUGUGCUUGGUGCCUUUGAGAGCAACUUUCUGAAACUGCAAGAGAAGCUGGGCAUGGUGCAGACCAUCGUGGGUGCCCGCAACACCUCAGCUGCUUCCACGACGAAGCUGGUGGAGGCCACAGAGGAGCUGCGGCGUGAAAUCGGAAAGGCCACGGAGCACCUGACUCAGCUAGAGGCAGGACUGACAGACAUACAGGAUGAGAACUUCAAUGCUAACCACGCACUCAGUGGCCUGGAGCGAGAUGGGCUUGCACUAAAUCUCACACUGAAGCAGCUUGAUCAGCAUCUGGACCUGCUCAAGCAUUCAAAUUUCCUUGGUGCCUUUGAUAGCAUCCGCCAUGCCCACAGCCAGUCGGCAGAAGCAGAACGUCGUGCCAAUACCUCUGCCCUGGCGGUACCCAGUCCUGUGAGCAACUCAGCAGAUCUCCGGCGUCGCACUGAAAGGCUGAUGGAAACUCAGAGGAAAGACUUUAAUCGCAAACAUCUGGCGAACCAGCAGGCACUGGGCAAGCUUUCAACCCAUACUCAAGGCCUGAGUCUGACAGGCAUAAAUGAAUUGGUGUGUGGGGCCCCAGGGGAUGCUCCGUGUGCUUCCAGCCCUUGUGGUGGUGCUGGCUGUCGGGAUGAAGAUGGGCAGCCCCGCUGUGGAGGCCUUGGCUGUAGUGGAGCAGCAGCCACAGCAGAUCUAGCCCUAAGCCGGGCCCGGCAUACACAAGCAGAGCUACAGCGAGCAUUGGUAGACGGUGGUGGCAUCCUCAGCCAAGUGGCUGAGACUCGUCGGCAGGCAGGCGAGGCCCAGCAGCGGGCCCAGGCAGCCUUGGACAAGGCUAAUGCUACCAGAGGACAAGUAGAGCAGGCCAAUCAGCAGCUUCGAGAACUCAUCCAGAGUGUGAAGGACUUCCUCAGCCAGGAGGGGGCUGAUCCUGAUAGCAUUGAGAUGGUGGCCACCCGGGUGCUGGAGCUGUCCAUCCCAGCCUCACCUGAGCAGAUCCAGAACCUGGCGAGUGCAAUUGCAGAGCGAGUCCGAAGCUUGGCAGAUGUGGACACCAUCCUAGCACGGACGAUGGGAGAUGUGCGUCGGGCUGAGCAGCUACUUCAGGAUGCACAGCGGGCACGGAGCCGGGCUGAGAGUGAGAAACAGAAGGCAGAGAUGGUACAGGUGGCACUGGAAGAGGCCCAGCGGGCACAGGGUGCUGCACAGGGGGCUAUCCGAGCAGCAAUGGUUGACACACAGGACACAGAGCAGACCCUGAACCAGGUACAAGAGAAGAUGGCUGGUGCUGAGCAGGCCCUUGGCUCUGCAGGUGAGCGGGCCCGGCAAUUGGAUGCUCUUUUGGAGGCUCUGAAACUGAAACGGGCAGCAAAUAGCCUGGCAGCCUCUACUGCUGAAGAAACAGCAGAUAGUGCCCAGAGCCGUGCCCGUGAGGCUGAGCAGCUAUUGCAGGGAACAGUUGGCGACCAAUACCAAACGGUAAGAACCCUGGCUGAACGCAAGGCCCAGGGUGUGCUGGCUGCGCAGAAGAGGGCAGAACGUCUGCGGGAUGAGGCUCGCAACCUGUUACAGGAGGCUCAAGACAAGCUACAGAAGCUACAGGAACUGGAGGGUGCCUAUGAAGAAAACGAACGCGCACUGGAGGGGAAAGCAGCUCAGCUGGAUGGUCUGGAAACCAAGAUGCGCAGCGUGCUUCAAGCCAUCAACCUGCAGGUGCAGAUCUACAACACCUGCCAGUAACCCCUGCUCCAGGGCCUUCCCCCAAAGUCCCCAGCACUGCUGCGCACGCGCGUUGCCUACCCACAUAGGAAUGAGCCUGGCAGGGCUGGCAAUAAACCAGUGUGAACCUCCA